AUGGACUCACAGCGACCGGCUUCCCAGAAGCUUCCUGCGGGAUUGGCAGGCGUACUGAACCCGGACGAAAAUCGCGACUCGGCCUAUUUCUCUAGCACGGAUGCCUCAAGCAAGCAUAACUCUGCGGCAUCAGGCGUUGUCAGUCAUGUCCUCAGCCCCACAGGGUCGGGCUACCAAUCUUCGCUGGCGGACAAGACACCUUCGCCUGUGACGACUAGCAUGGUCCCUCAGCUGGUGUCGCCUGGGCAGAGCAAUAUGAGUGUUGCCGCCAUGGUGUCGCCAACAACCCCUGGCAGCGCCGACCCGCGUCGAUUCGAGCGCCCGACGUCCUUGGAUUCAGGAGUGGUUCACGACAUCAUGGGGCCUGGAUCCCGAAGGGAGAGUGUAGACAGCCGUAUAAAUCAGGGUUUUCACGAUAUGAGGCUGGGCGGGAAUUCCCCAUACGCAAGCCACAACCAGUCGACUACUUCGAUACAGAAUACGCUUAACCAGCAGCGCAAUCCCCGCCCCGGCUUGGACAAUCUUUCGAUACACCGUAUCUCCAAUGGAUACCAGCCCAGCAGCGAUAGAAACCCCGAACACCCAAAAAUCAUCCGGACCGCACCGGCAAUCACAGGUCCUGCGACGAGCAACAUCGCCCGAGCUGCGGAACCCACCAAGGGCCAAGCAUGGGCUUUCCCUGAGGAAGAAAUUCAACGAAUAAGCCACCACGAGCAAUAUUUAAACUCGAGACGAAGCAGUAUUGCUGAAUCCAUUGCCAGCAGUCAGUUUACCACUGAAUCGAGACUACCACCCGGCCAGAGACGUUUGGAUGAACCUACCGACUUCAACAACCGUUUAUCGAGUACGUCUUCCGACUUUCCUCCAGUCCACCACCACUCGCUGCAGCACAAGCAGGUUGGGGAUUUGCGCGAUGACGACGCAGCCUCGCGGACGGGCUCACAACCGUAUAGCCGCACGCCUGAGUUGCGGAAGAGUCACAAAUUGGCGGAACGGAAGCGGAGGACGGAAAUGAAGGAGCUAUUCGACCAAUUGCGCGACUUGAUGCCACAGGAACGAGGUUCCAAAGCAUCCAAGUGGGAAAUUCUUACAAAAGCUAUUUCUGAGCACCAACGAAUGGCAGACGUGAUGCGCAUGGUACAGUCGCAAAACACAACGUUGGCUCAGGAGAAUGACGGCCUGCGACAAGACAACCACAACUUGCGCAUAGAUAUUCAGCGCCUUCAGAAUGAGCUGCACAACACAAGACUACAACAAUCCCCGACAGGCCAGGCGCCGGCUCAGUCUCAAGUCCCUCCCCCUCAGGCGGUGGGCUAUCAGGCGGACCCUUAUGCGGCCCGCCGUGAGCUGCCACCAAUUCGAGGGUUGAAUGGGAACAUGCCCAAUGGGCCCGACUCAAUGACCGGCGUCCAGUACGAGGCUCCUAGAGUCAACGGCUACCGUCCCGAAAGGUACUGA